GGGACACGGGGAGGUAGAGGGGAGCUGCACGCGCCUGCGGCCGCCGGGGCGCUGCCAUGAGCGCAGCCCGGGCCCGGGACAGCGAGCUCUGCCGUCCCUCAGUAAACACUCUGCCCCCAGCGACUCUGGUCCCUUGCAGCACGCUGCCAGCUGGUACCUCCCUCCUUUCUGAAGCGUAACCGGGGAGGGGGUGGAAAGCGAAGGAAGUUUGCUAGUUAUUUUUUUUUCCUUUAGGCUUUGGAAAGGGACUCCCUCACCUCUCGGAGAGCUAUAGGGCAGAAGGCAGUGGUGGAGGAGAGGGAGGCACAGCUGGAAGCGGGCUCUCCGGAGCCUUCCUUUCCCCCCAGCCCCCGCCGCCGUGUACCUGGGGGUGCUGGAUGCGAGCUCUGCGGAGCUCCUCCAAGCGUAGCGGCGGCGGCUCGGCAGAUGUAGAUGCGUGCGUGUGUGUAAGCUUAACCCUUUCUUGGCUCCUCGGAUUUGUACCAUGCUGAAGAUCCUCACCAAAAAGCUCAGGAACCAGAGUUUGAACGAAAUUCAACCUUUCCAGCUAAAGAUCUCCUACCCCCCAAGUGAUGAGGACAGCGAUGACUCUGAGGGAGAGAACCAGGAACUUGCUCAGAUCGACAGAGAGAGAAGACGGAAUUGUACCUUGACCCCUCUGGCCACCAACCAACUCCAGAACCAGGAGAACCAAUGCUGCAAGGUUCGGGCCCUCUUGCAUGCCAGCCUUGAUCGACACAGCUCGGAAGAGGAGCUGGAGCGCAUCAACCGAGAGUUUGCCGCGGAGAAGCGGAAGUGGUCCCAGGUCAGCAGGCUUGCCUGCUGCAGCGACAGCAACAACACCUCCUCCAGUGACGAAGAAGUGAAGAACUUGUGCGCCAUGUCCUUCCGGCCUGUGACAGAGCAGGCCGAUGGCCUGCAUGCCAGCCCAAGCCCUGUGCUGUUUAGUGCCUCCCCUCCGAAGAGACUCCAGCCACUGGUGAGGAGCCCAGCCUCCAGGCCUUUAAUCUUCACAAGUGUUGGGGCAGGCCUUGAGCAAGUCAUGCCUUGUAAGAGACAUCGACAACGAUAUGGGGAUAAGGUCAGCAGGCCCAGCCUUGACCUGGAAAAAAUGCAGCAGAGCAUCAAUGGAGGCCGCCCGCCGCCCCACUUUGUGUACGAUCCAUCCACCUUUGCCUUCCGUUCCCUCAGCACCUUGAAGCCGCUGAGCCCGAUAGCUCCAGUGGAAGAACCGUCAUGUGCCUACUGAAGGAGUUUCUCCAAAAACCUCAGGAACUAUCAACCAACCACCUGCCUGUCAGGGAGAAGGGGAGGUGGCCAUACCCAAGAGGAUGGGUGGGAGAAGGGGACAGUGACACAUCUUUGCAAUACAGCCUCUCUGGCAGCAGGAAGCACACAGCUUUGCAGCAGUGCCUGUUUUCAUACCAUUGCCAUAUCGGGAGAGUGGCAAAGGGGGAGAUUUUUGUCUUUCGGGGCAAAACAAACCAGUUAGGUCCACAAAAUGCAAGGGCAACCACCUUGGUGGUGUCAAACAUGGGGAUGGUGGUAGUUGAAGAUAUCCCUGAGGGGUUCAGGGACUAGUAUGGUGUACAUGGCAGCGGGGAUGAGUGAUGAAGGCGUGAAACCAAGUCCAGCCAUUUUCCCAAGAGCAGCUAGGUCUACAGUGCUUUGCUAUAGACCUGACCUUUCUCCCACUCAGAAGUGAGGUCAGCGAUAGAGAUAGAAACUGUACAAGACUACCUGCAAAGCAAGAAAAUCCCUCUCAUACUUAUUAUAAUUUAUGUUCACUUCAAGUUUGCUUGAGUGGAAGACCUUAGGAGAGGGAGAUGGGAAGGGUUACCGGCACAUCUAGCUGUGUGUUCCGGCUGGUGUGCUGGCAAUUUAGUGAUAGCAUCUAAAAUGGAAUUGAAAUGGGAGGCAGGAGCCUUCUACUUGUAGUAGAUCAGAGGUUAGAAGAAAAUUCUAGAAUGGAAAAUCUGUGUUCAGCCAUCCAAGAAAAUAUAGCACUCACCCGCAGUCCUGUCAGCUUCAUCAGAGAGCAACUUGGGGGUGACUGCGCUCUUGGAUCUCCUCUCUGCUGAGGCUGUCUGUCUUCUGGGGAUAUGCAGUACUUUUGGUAUCAGCAAACUCAACCAAAUGUAAUGUCUCCAGCAAGCUUUCCACUCCUCUGGAUGGAGGCUGGCUUUCCCACUCCUUUAUCCUGGCUAUUAAAUUCAAGUAGACUCUUCUUGGGUCAGUGGAAGAAGUAUUGCUAGACGUAGCAUGGAAUGGGAGAAAGAGGUAUCUGUUUUGUGGCUACCUGUUGGUGGAAGAAAUAGGAGGGGAGUUUGGGUGAAACUGCGGGACAUUUCUCUGUAGAGUCCUAAGGCAGUUAGGCCCAUGAUAGGCCUUGCUAUCACUGGUGUUUGGCUGGGAUCUGGCCUUGAGGCACAUAUGUGGUGCAAGCCACAAGGCAACAGUUAAUAGAACAAGCUCUUGCAUCUCUUGGUGAGGCAGAGGAACAAGGCAUCCCUUGCUGCACCUAGUGGAGUGAGUACCCCCUUUGUCUAGGCAUUCCCCACCUUGCGCCUGUAUCUGGCUGGAUGCAGGGGGAAGCAAGUAGUUUACUUCUUGUCUGGAUCAAGAGGAGCAACUGUGAGUGAUAUAAUUUUUGUUUUUAAAUCUGCUUCAGUGUGGAGGUCUGUGAUGCCACUCUUUGGAUGAGACCAAGGGUUGGUCCAGCUGCCAGCAGGAGGCCAUGCAGUGAACCAGCAUUCACUGGUGCUUUCUGGGAUCCUGGGGAAAACCCAAAAGUCGUGUGGGCCUGGGGAGCUGAAUCCCCCACCCCUACCCUCCUCCCUCCCCAACUGUCUCUUGUGCAGGCCGGCAGGCAGAGCAGCAGAGCAAGGCGGUGAGGGGACAUUGUCCUGAUGCUGCUCCAGCUCUGCCUGCUUUUUGGCUCCAGAUGGUUGCAGCUGGACCAUCCCCUGCACCAGCACCACCCUUGAGGGGUUGCUUCCUUUUGCUGGUGAGAUACCUCUGGCCAAGGCAUCGUGUUGCCUUGCCUUCUUUAAUAGAGGCGAAUUCCUCUGCCGAUUCCUCCUGCCCCCGUAGAGACUCUGCUUAUCUUGUUUGGAUGGCGAACCUCAGCUUUUUAACUGCUGCCAGAUCAAGCUGACCAGUGCAGGACAGGAAGUGUUGCCCCUUCAGACCAAAUUCCUGUGCUCAGGAGAAGGGAUGGGUUUGAGCCUGGUACCUGUCCGAAGAGGCAAGUUCCCGGUGUGGGCGGCUGAGGCAGCAGCCCCUGUGCGGCCUGGGCCCGAGGCCUACUGCAGGCUGUCUGCCCCGGCUGCCAGCAGCCACCAGCGGCCUGCCUGUAUUGUUGCCUUUUAGUACUUUUGUAACUUUUUUCUGUCUUUAUCUUUUUCAAUCUGAAGGAAAAAUAAUAAUAAAACCAAGCGUAAUGAAAUAAAGUGUUAAC